AUGUUCACCAAAAUUGUUAAAAAAAUAGUGAGAUACUACUCCGUAAAAAAUAUAAAUAACAAACUAGAAUUUCAAAUUCCCACUUUCUGUAAUUUAUCCGUAAAUAUUCCAAAUAAAGUAAACAUAACACCUUUAGAUGUGCACAAGUAUCAGAAUUGUGAUAGAUUAAUUAUAGAAUCAACAAAUUAUGAUAUAGACUCCAUAAAAUGUACCACUGAGAAUAACCAUAUAAACAUUACAACUAAGAAUGAUUAUGAAUCAGAUUUAAAUAUUACAGCUCCUGUAAAAGCAAACUUGGAAGUUACAUCUAAUUCGGAUAUUUUUGUGGGAUCUUUCAACAGUGAUACAGUAAAUUUACAAAGUAAUUUAGGAAGUAUUUGUGUUGACAAAUAUCAUGGUGAUAAGAUACAAUUGCAAACACAGACAGGAAAUAUAACAAUUAGAGGUCCUGUGCAAGCAUCAAAUUUUAUAUCAACAGUAUUAAAAUCUGGGGAUAUAACAACAGGAAAAAUACAAUGCCUUAAUACACAACUAUCAACUAGGGCUGGAAAUAUAAAAAUUCCCUCAUCAUACAGUGAAAGUAGUUAUUUUAAUGUAGGCACAGGCAAAUUAGAUUUGAAUAACAUUCAUAAGAAUUGUAAAAUAUCACUUGAAAAGGGUGUUUUAAAUCUGGUUUCAGCUGGUUUUGAUGGAAUGUUAUUUGCUGAUUUAGGCACUGUUGAAGCUAAUUUACAAUUAUCAAGAAUCACAGAAGAUUCUUUUCUGAAAAUAGAUAUAGGUAAUCUUCAUUUACAAAUUGCAGAAGACUGUCAGAAAUCUUGCAUGUUUGAGAUACAAGCCAGAAAUGUUACAAUUGAUAAAAAUAUGCAAAGUGUCAAUAAAAAGCAAAAUUUAUAUAUUUUCAGUAAUGAUGCUGGUAUUUUAAAACCUAAAGUAACUAUACACUGCAUCAAUGGUGAUAUACAUAUUUCAGCUGCUUCAUGGCAGGACUUACUUAAAUUAAAGUUCAAUGUGUAAUUAAAAAAAAACUGUAGGCAAAAUGAAUAAUAAAUUUAUUUUAUAAAAUA